AUGUUAGUCAGCACUACAUCAUAUGAUACAAUAGACCUGCCUUCAUAUCCUUGGGCUGUUGCUAAAGUUGAUAAUAACAAAGCUGUUGUCACAUUUCCUGAACUUGGAAUAAUAAAACUGAUAAAAUUUUCUAAGUGUAUGACAGUGACCAACAUUAAAGAUAUGAAAGUAGGAAAAUGUUGUGAUGGUGUGGCAUAUAGUAACAACAAGCUUGUAGUGUCUUACCUAACCAAUUCACCUUCAGUAAAAAUACUUGACAUGUCUGGUAAAGUAUGGAAAAAAUGUGAUAAAGAUCAUCAUGGGAAAUAUCUGUUUGCUGAUCCUCGUUACUUAACAAUCAGUGCAGACAACUCUGUUAUAUAUGUAUCUGACAUGGGGAAGAACUGUGUGAUAGGUUUAACCUUUGAUGGGAAAGUCAAGGCCAUUUACAAUGAUGACCAGUUGAAGGGGCCAAAUGGACUGACUGUAGAUAGGUCUGGGGCAGUGUUUGUAUGUGGACGUUGGUCACACAAUAUACAUCAGUUAUCACCUAACCUUACCAAGGUUAAGAUUGUACUGGAUAUAAAACAAGGAAUAAAAAGUCCAGCAGGUAUGGCAUACUGCCAGGAUAAUAGCAGAUUGUAUGUGUGCAAACAAUAUGAUGACAUUAAAGUGUAUGAUUUAUCUUUGGGAUAAAGCACUGGAAUAAAAUUAGUUUUCUCUGAAUGACCUGCAGAAAAUACCAAAGUUAAAACUAUUUCAAUAUAAAAUCUUACUCAAUAUCUUUGCAGAUAUGCAGCUUGUAAAUGAUCAAACUAGCUCAGACUUUGUGUUAUUAUUUCAACAAAUAUUUACGCUAAGUUUUGAAUAUAAACAUAACAUUAAUAUAUAUAUAAAAUAUUAUAAAGAUGAUU